AAGCAUCUUUGCAAAUAUAAUGGCUUGAAAUAAUUUGUGUUAUGUUCGUGUUAAUUUCAUCUUUUUGUUUCAACUGAAAGCCAGAAAAUUAUUUUAUUCAUGUUAUCUUGGUUCUGGACUAAUUACUCGUAACACGGAUCACCAGUUAAUUGCUUUAAAAUGGAAAACAAGCAAGAACCUAAGUUUCUCUUGAAGCUUCUGGUGGAUGAAAGUAAGGAUCAAGUUGUUGCAGCUGAAUCAGGAAUAGAUUUUAUGGACAUACUUGUUAGCCUUCUCACUUUACCAAUGGGAACAAUAAUACGACUCAUUAAAGCGAAGGAUGGAGUUGUUGGUUGUAUGAACAACUUGUACCAAAGUGUUGAAAACCUUAGUGAGGAAGAUGACAUGUUCUUAGAUCAUUGCAAAACCAUGUUGCUAAAUCCAAGAAAUCCCUAUCCAAAGUAUUGCAUGAGGUUGAAAGUUGACGUAAAUGAUUCAGGCUCCGAGAAGUAUUAUCAAUGUCCAUCUUGCCCAAACAAAAGCUAUUUCAUGAAUGUUGAUUGCCCGUGUUAUGGGCAAUUUAAUAAAGAGACAUUUCUGAAAGAUUUAGUUGAAAAUACUUGUCGUGAUGAGUAUGUCUUUCUUAAAGAAGGGAUAUCAUUUCUAAUCUCUGACGAUUUACAAGUCAAGUCUGCUUCUCCAAGUUCUCUUGUUCAGAUGCUUUCUAGUGUUGGCCUAAGUAAUUUGAAUCAGAUUAAGGAGAUGCAUAUAGAAGUUGGCAAGGAUGAGGUGAUUCAUCUACUUGCUCGUUCAUUUAUCUCAAAGACUCCCUUGUCUGAUGUGUUUCUGCCCAAGCAAAAUAAAAAAAGAGAUAGAGUAGGCACUACCACAGUAACCGAGUUUGGAAAUUUGCCGUCCAUUUCUGAAAACAGAACAAGCAAUAACACCAUGAAAUUGGAGCUGAAGCUAACAGUGAGAAAGUCUACAAACAAGGUCUUAUGUGCCGAAGCAAGCAAUGAUUUUAUUGAUUUUCUCUUCAACUUCUUGACGAUUCCUAUAGGAUCAAUUGAAGAUGUUCUAAAAGGGAAUUCGGGAUUGGGAUGCAUAGAUAACUUCUAUAAAAGUGUGGAGGCAGUAGAUUUGAAAUGGUUCAAUACGCCUUCAAAUAGGAACAGUUACACACAUGAGAAAAAUGUUAAGACGAUAUUACUCAAUCCCGGUGUUGCCCCUCACCAUAAAUCUGAGUAUCAGCUGCUGCAGAUUUCUGAAAGAAGAUCAGAAAUUCAUAGCUUGUAUGAUAUAAGGCAAUAUGUAAGAGGUGCUUAUGUUGAAAAGUUCGAAAAGUUUACAAAGGAACCUUCCCUUUUCUACAUUAUGGACCAUUUGGAAGUGAGACCUCUGUCUUCUUCAUCAACUAUUUGCUUACUCCAAGAACUAAAUGUGCCCAUCAAUGAUGUUGAAGAGCAAACGAUCAGUGUUGGCGAGUUGGAAGCAUUGAACUUGCUAAAGGCCUCUUUGACAUCAUCAUCAUCAGCUUUGACAGAGGGCCUAAAUCAAAAGUUGAAGAAGCAGGUAGAUGAAGAUGUGAAAUGUAACGCGAAGAAACUUUGUUGCGCUGGUUAGCAAACACAUAGAUAACUCUCAUGUCUAGCUUUUUGUGUUUUGCCUCAAAACUUGGUUCCAUGUACAUCAAAGCCUUGGUUCAAAGUUGAGUGUUUUCAGAUUGAAUUAGAUAUUGAUCAAUCAUUUGUA